CCCCCUAAACUGACUUUCUGAAAUAGCUUUGUCAUGGUGACGGUAAACUUGCUCGGUUUCGUGUUGAAAUAUGCACCGUCACAUCGGGAUGUUUGUGGGUAAAUAAAACGCCAGGAAUGGUCUUGAUUGCAUGUGUGAAGAAAUCCUCGACGGAUGAUGAAGGCAGUCAGAGUUCCAUUUUCGUGGGGAAGUGCCCUUGCCCCACCGCCUCCUGGCGCUAACAAUUCGUGCACAGAAAACGAAAACAACCAACAAGGGCAUGGUCUUCAGCUGAUUGAGUUUCGUUUUCCCGUCUGAUGUCUGCAUUUGAUAAGAAAUCGAGAUUUACUGUCGAGAUGAAUGCAUGCACAGUGGACCAUAAAUCCUGAGAGAGAGGAAAUAUGCUAUUUUUCCUGGAAUACUGAGGAAAUGAAAUAAACACAUUUCUAAGUGCUGCCGUUCUUCCUGCCGACGAUUUUCCCAGUUUAUGCUUCCCGGAAGUCUUAUGCGAGCUACGUGUACGUGUGACCGAAUUUGCGAACACGACAAUAGCGUGCGUGAGUUUAACAGAGCGAGGGAAUCUCCUGCACGCGUGCGCCGAGGCGCACGCCGUUCGUAUCGCGUGACAAGUGUCAAUGUAGCGGCAUUUACUGCGGGGUCAACCGAUACCUCCUUGUCGCCGGUGAACCGUGAGAAAUCAUCGCCUCAGCAGUAUGGUCUGUAAGGCCUGAAAUCAGAUUUCGAUUGUAACUUGAGGAACCCUACUGCAGAACGAACAUCUUUCUGUGAGGAUUGUUUUCACGAGCGAUUUUUUUGGGAGCGGGGGAGCUAAUGGGCAGUAUGGGAUUAUUCGUAUUACUGAUACAGGCAAUGGUGUGUUUUAAUUUUGUGGGGUCCAAUGACCACGAGGACAUAGUCCUCGGACUUAUGUUGCCCUUCAGUGGGCAGUGGCCGGUCGGCAGGUAUAUUGCCGGGGCCAUGACCGUGGCCGUGGAUGACGUGAACAGCAACGAAAACCUCCUGAAGGGACGCAACGUGACCUUCAUCUGGAACGACACCACAUGCGCGGGCAAGAACGGGCUGUACCAGGCGGUCAACAUGUGGCUGUAUGUCCACCGCCUGCACGCCUUCAUAGGUGGCGGCUGCGACGUGGUCUGCGAGCCGGUGGGCCUGCUGGCCUCGGCCUGGAAUCUGCCCAUGGUGUCCUGGGGCUGCUCCAGCCUGGUGCUGUCCAACAAGGAUGACUACAACACCUUCGUGCGGACGGUGGGGCCCUACACCAAAAUGGCGCGCAUGUUCACGAAGAUCAUGCGCUCCUUCAGCUGGACGCGCACCGUCAUCUUGACGUCCAGCGAGAACGUGUGGCAGACGACGUCCUACGCUGUCAAGCUGGACCUGGAGAGCGAAGGCAUCCUCGUCAGCGAUUUCUUCACCUUCAACCCGGGCCACGAGAACAUUACCGGGAGAGAAAAGAUGCAGCAUAGGGAUGUCAUCGUGGACGCCAAAGAAUCAGCACGAAUUUUUCUGUUGUUUGCAUACGGGGGCGACGUCCGCGACCUGAUGCUCAACUCCCUAGACCUUGGCCUGAUAAACGGUGAGUUUGCCUUCGUCUGCGUGGACUUGAUCGAGGACGCCCACUACGGCCGCAACACCUGGAUGGGCGAUGACGGCCGGGACGAGGACGCGGCCAAGGCCUUCAACGGUCUCCUAAACAUCCACAUCAAAACACCAGAGGAGGACUCGUACGAAGCUUUCAAGGCGGAGGCGCGACAUUGGGUGGCCGAGGAGCCCUUCAACAGACCCAUGGGACAAGAUGAAGAGGUGGAUGUCCACGCAGGUCCAUUAUAUGACGCAGUAUGGCUGUACGCAAGCGCUCUUCACGAUGUGCUGGAAGAAGGCGGAAAUGAAUAUGACGGAUUGGCCGUCGCCAGGAAAAUGAGGAACAGAAAAUUCAGAGGUGUUGACGGCAACGUUACCAUCGACCAGAACGGCGACCGGAAUCCAGACUACGCCCUGCAGGACCUCCACAAUGGGAAGUUCGAGGACUUCGCGUACUACGACCACGAGACCAUGCAUCUGGUGUUCCGGGACGACUUCACACCCACCUGGCCGGGCGGUGGGACCAAACCACCAAGUGGGGAACCUGAGUGCGGCUGGGAUAACGAAUACUGUCAGACGAAUACAGUGGCUAUCAUUGCGGGAGUGUCGUGUAGCGUGUUCGUACUGAUCGUAAUUGCUGCUUGCGUCACGGGCUAUUUCUAUCGGCGCUUGAAGAUGGAGGCGGAACUGCAGUCAAUCAGCCUGUGGCGAGUGAAUUUCGACGAGGUGGUGUUCGACACCAGGAAGACGCUGUCGUACCACUCUGGAGGAAGUGUGCAAGUAAUGACGGCGACGCCAUUUUUUUUUUUUUUUGAUACUCCAGUGGCUAUCAUUGCGGGAGUGUCGUGUAGCGUGUUCGUACUGAUCGUAAUUGCUGCUUGCGUCACGGGCUAUUUCUAUCGGCGCUUGAAGAUGGAGGCGGAACUGCAGUCAAUCAGCCUGUGGCGAGUGAAUUUCGACGAGGUGGUGUUCGACACCAGGAAGACGCUGUCUUACCACUCUGGAGGAAGUGUGCAAUCACAUUCAAAUGGACCGCUGUCUUUGGGCAGCAAUCCAGUCCUGACAGGGGGACGUAACACGUCGUCAUCGAACCGCACAGAUAUACAGAAAUUCUGCGAUUAUGGUGUGUACAAGGGCUAUGUUGUUGCAAUCAAGAAUGUUCGGAAAAAGAGCGUAGCCUUGAGUAGAGAGCAGCUAAUCGAAAUCUCAAUGGUGAGGAAUUUUAAACACGAGAACAUCAAUACAUUCAUUGGUGCUUGUAUUGAUCAUCCCAAUGUCUGCAUCUUAAUGGAAUACAGUAACAAGGGAAGCUUGCAGGAUGUGUUGGAAAAUGACGAUGUGAAAUUGGAUGACAACUUCAAACUCUCCUUUGCUAUGGAUAUCAUUCCCGAAUAUGAGCUAUGCGUGAACCAUAACUCUUACUACUUCCUUUCAAAUGGUUCAACCCUUUUUGAAGCCUCUUUGUGGACAGCGCCCGAGCUGCUGAGGUGUCCUCCGCCUAGCCCGUACGGGACACCAGAGGGGGACAUUUACUCCUUUGGAAUCAUUCUGCAGGAGAUCGUCAUUAGGGGUGGGCCUUACUGCACGCAAGCGUUGGAGCCGAAAGAAAUUGUGACGGCAGUCAAGAUGGGUGCCCGUCCGGUCUUCCGUCCCGUCUUGCCCAAGGAUGCCUGCUCUCCACAGAUGAUUGAGCUGAUGGAGUUGUGUUGGGCCGAAAGACCCACUGAUCGGCCCAACAUUUCCAGGGUCAAGUCGUCCAUCCAGAAACUGUCCGGCGGCAAAGCGCAGAAUCUAGUUGACAAUAUGAUCGGGAUGAUGGAAAAAUACGCAGACCACUUGGAGGAAUUGGUAAACGAGAGAACCCAACAACUCGAAGAGGAAAAGAAGAAGACAGACCAGCUGCUGCAUCAGAUGUUACCAAGGUCCGUGGCAGCUCAGCUGAAACGCGGUGACGUGGUCACGGCCGAGCAGUACGAGCAGGUCACUGUUUAUUUCAGCGACAUCGUGGGAUUCACUCGGCUAGCUUCAGAGAGCACACCUUUCCAGGUUGUGGAACUGUUAAAUGACUUGUACACGCUUUUUGACGAUACGAUCGAUAACUACGACAUCUACAAGGUGGAGACCAUAGGCGAUGCCUACAUGGUUGCGUCUGGCGUGCCAGAGCGUAACGGAAACAGACACGCGGCCGAGAUUAGUAGUCUGGCGCUGGACCUGCUAAGCUCAGUGAAAUCAUUCAAGAUCAGACAUCGGCCGACCGAACAACUCCAACUUCGAACAGGCAUACACACUGGCCCGGUGGUGGCUGGAGUAGUGGGGCUAAAGAUGCCCCGCUUUUGUCUCUUCGGGGACACCGUCAACACUGCCUCUCGUAUGGAGUCUAAUGGGCUAGCUUUGCGGAUCCACAUCAGCUCUGCCACGUGUGAAGUCCUCAGUCAGAUCGGAGGUUUCAAGAUCGAGCUGCGUGGAGAGAUUACUGUCAAGGGGAAAGCUCCCAUGACGACCUAUUGGCUGGUUGGCAAGGAGAAAGUCGACUUUGACCUCCCCGACCUGUGCCUGGCCGCCAGCCCCACUGACCACAGCGAUCAGACGGAUGAACUCCCAGGGACGGUCACCUCCAGCCCGACGGAGACUUGAGGAUUUGCAGCGGAGGAACUGU